AUGGAGGUGUAUACAUGUGUGCUGACCCUCGCUCUCCUCGUCGCGCGCGCAAACGGCUUUUCGAACACGCCUUGGUCGGGCCACGCGGCUGCCGAGGCACUCCCUCCUGCGUCGGUUGAGCCAGCCCCUUUGUUUCCUUCCGACCUUGACAUUGAUGGCGACGGCCUGAUCAGCUUCGAUGAGGCGCUCCAGCUUGGACAACGCCUCAACUGCCCUGGGCUUCAUGACUCCCAGAACUACCCAAUAAUGCUGCUGUGGACGAUGACAGCGCGCGACCUGAAUAACGACGGCGUUCUGAACAUCACCGAGAUCACCGAGAGCACGCACAUGGUAGAGGGAGACCACGCACGAUUCAGAUCCUGUCUCCACAAACAGCGGAGAUCGCUACACGAGCAGCACGACGGGACAGACAGGCUGUAUUCCUACGCCGUAACCGUCCCCAGGGUUAUCCCUCGUUGGCCGCCUAUCCCUCCGGCGCUGCCACCAGAAACAGAAUUUGCCUAUGCGACUUAUGACUCGAUGCACCGGCUAUUCUUCACGCUUGCAAAGUGCCUGCAGCGCGGACCUGGAGGCAGUGCAGCCCCCGACGGCGGGGAGCAGUGGAAUUGCCCGGCCACAGUCACGCCAGCGGAUCUCAAGGCGUUCUUUCAGGACGUAAUCAUCGAGUUCAAAUCGAGGGGGGACUUCGCAACUGUGCAUCCGGAUGCUGCACGAACUGCUGUUGCUAAUGUAGCAGGCUGCGCUAGGGCCGCAAACGGCAAAAUGUACAGCCAGCUCGUGACAGCGGCCGCUCUUGAAAUCGUGUCGGGAGCGGCUGGAGCCGCAGCGUUCUUUCUCAAUGCGAUACCUGGACUUGGACUCGUAGUUACUGCUGCCUCAAUCUCUUCAGGCAUUGCAUCCGGAAUGCUUAAGCGGAAGGCGGAUGAGCUCAAAGGCUCGUUGGUCCAGUACAUCAGCGGGAUGCAAGACUUGGCUAUGGAGCAGUUUCAGCUCGCACCCAUCCAGCAGUGGGCCGCAGCGCACAAGAGCAACAGCAUCUUCAUCACGAAGCUACUGACGUCGAUCAGCGAUGAGUAUGAUAGCCUCGUUGCAUUCUUUUCCACUUUGCCCAUUGCCGUCCAAACCGCCAUGGUGGAAAACACGCAGGGACGGUUCGAAAAGUUCUGCCCAGCCCCGUGUAGUGACCCGUACUCUGCGCUCUCGGUGCCCGUAAUCGUUGAGUACAUUGAAAUGGCGGGCAACCCACUCAUCGACCUCAUGUCACUUCCGAGUGGCGACGUAGAGCUGGCAAACGCCACUGCUGACCCUUCACCCGAGUUUGGGGCUGUGUCGAUAUCCACCGCCGUGGUGAAUAAGAUGCUGACCGAUGCGGGGCCGUUGGGGGAGACGAGUGUCGUGCACCAAAUGUCUCAACAGGUGGUCGCCCUCUUCACGUUUCCCCUCCUUGUGAAGUACGCGGCCACAAGUGCUCGGGCGAUUAUCCCAUAUGUUCGAGGUGGAUUCUCAGUGGUCAAGGCUUGGACGAUUGGAAUGACACCGAUCCCAAGGGUAAAUUUCGGCGGCCGUGUUAUGACGACGAUUGCGUCCGGUGGACGCCGUGCGCUCGCCGUCUUCAAUCCAAUUGCCAGACUCCCACAGAGCGUUGCGAACAGCGCGGUCGUGUCAGCUGCAGCAGAAUACAGUAGGCUUGCAUCUAAGGCGAUUGCAUCUGCAACUGGCGCAGUCACCGUCAAAUUUGCUUCCCUGGCAAAGUUCGUGACGAGGCCCGUGGUGGCUGUGAAGUCUGCUCUCAGGGCAGCAGUGACCACCGGGCCGGGUGCGAAAAUCACCUCGUUCUGCACCAAGUACAUUGGGAAGGCGAUGAAAGGACUUGGAGUGCUCGUCUCGGCUGGCAUUGCCGUACUGGGCGUGAUUGAAUUGGUUCAGGCGGUGGAUCUCUAUGCAACCUUUCGCACGGCUAUCGGCGAGGUCGCAACGAACCUGACAGCAACCUUAAACAGCCUCGUAGCUGACGCGCAAGAAGUGCAGCAACUGAUGGCAACGGACGAUUCAGCGUUUGACGGUUCUGAGUCGCCACCCCCGCCACCCCUGCCCAAAUGUGCCGACUUUUUAGCGCCGCAAGGCCCUGGAGGGCAUUGCUGGGCGGACACUGACACGGGCGGACAUUGCUGCACGCCAGACGAUUUCAAGCCGGUGGGGGACGCUUGGGUACUUACGUUGGUAGGAGACUGCAUGCCUGCCGCAGUCCCAUGCGAAAUACUCCAGGUCACAACGGGCAUGUGUCAGGACCUGACGCAGGCAGACUACGAGGCCAAAGCCGAGGGCGCCGACUGCGAAUCUGACAAUGAAUGCCUCAGCAACAACUGUGGCCGCGCCCAGGCCGGUGACGACAAUCUGCAAUGCUGCAAGGCGGGCUGCACAUCGAGGAGCUACUGGGGCUAUAGCUACUGCUAUUGCAUGGAGCCGGGUACGCCAUGCUGGUCGGAUGCCAUGUGCAUUCCGUCUGGCAAAGGUUUAUGCCAGGGUAACGGGGGUGGGGUAAGGAAGGGCGCGUGCUUCGAACAGGUCGACCCAGGCGCUGGCUGCAGCACAAACGCUCAAUGUGCCAAUGGCAAUUGCGGCCGGAUGCAGGCAGGGACGGACAACUUGGUCUGCUGCCCUGAUGGUUGCGAAUCACGAACAUAUGCUGCUAACGACUACUGCUACUGCAUGGAGCCAGGUACGCCGUGCUGGUCGAACGCCAUGUGUGACGGCGGGCCAUGCAGCGGCAAUUCUUGGGUAACGAUGGGCACGUGCAUCAGAGGCGAGCCGCCAGGCGCUGGCUGCAGCAGAAACACUCAAUGUGCCAAUGGCAAUUGCGGCCGGAUGCAGGCAGGGACGGACGACUUGGUCUGCUGCCCUGAUGGUUGCGAAUCACGAACAUAUGCUGCUAACGACUACUGCUACUGCAUGGGCGAAGCCACGCCGUGCUGGUCGGACGCCAUGUGUGACGGCGACAUGAUAUGCAGGGACAAUCUUGGCGGGUUACAACAAGGCACAUGCUUCCGUCCGCGCGGGCCAGGCGCUGGCUGUAGCACAAACGCUCAAUGUGCCAAUGGCAAUUGCGGCCGGAUGCAGGCAGGGACGGACGACUUGGUCUGCUGCCCUGAUGGUUGCGAAUCACGAACAUAUGCUGCUAACGACUACUGCUACUGCAUGGAGCCAGGUACGCCGUGCUGGUCGAACGCAAUGUGUGAGAGCGGGACAUGCAGCGGCAAUUCUUGGGUAACGAUGGGCACGUGCAUCAGAGGCGAGCCGCCAGGCGCUGGCUGCAGCAGAAACACUCAAUGUGCCAAUGGCAAUUGCGGCCGGAUGCAGGCAGGGACGGACGACUUGGUCUGCUGCCCUGAUGGUUGCGAAUCACGAACAUAUGCUGCUAACGACUACUGCUACUGCAUGGGCGAAGCCACGCCGUGCUGGUCGGACGCCAUGCCAGGCGCUGGGUGCAGCACAAACGCUCAAUGUGCCAACGGCAAUUGCGGCCGGAUGCAGGCAGGGACGGACGACUUGGUCUGCUGCCCUGAUGGUUGCGAAUCACGAACAUAUGCUGCUAACGACUACUGCUACUGCAUGGGCGAAGCCACGCCGUGCUGGUCGGACGCCAUGCCAGGCGCUGGGUGCAGCACAAACGCUCAAUGUGCCAACGGCAAUUGCGGCCGGAUGCAGGCAGGGACGGACGACUUGGUCUGCUGCCCUUAUGGUUGCGAAUCAAGAACAUAUUGGGCUAACGACUACUGCUACUGCAUGGGCGAGGGCAAGCCGUGCUGGUCGGACGCAAUGUGUUCCAGCGGGACAUGCAAAGGCAACUGGGGGGGCCUACGGAAAGGCAAUUGCGCCUAA